AUGAAGGGGCGCUGGAUAUCAUGUGGACUGUUUGACAACACUGUGUCGUCUGUGGGAUGGUUGCAGUGCGUGCUUCAAAGGUGGAAUUUCGCAGACACAGAGUGGGGAAACGUGUACCUGGCAUGCCUAACAAACACACUGCACGUGCUGGACUCCGGUGUGCUGAUCCACAUGAUGGACUCCUACAUUGAACCCCUUGGAAAGGUUGAGAUGCGGCUGCUAGAAAGUUCAGGCGCAAACUACGCGGCGUUCGAGCACAGGAGCAUGAUGCAGAUAAUGCCGCUACUCGUGGCAGACGAGAGUGCAUUGAAGGAUGGACCGGAGGGAGAGCUGCGUGCUUUGCAGGUCAAGGCGUUCCGGUUGUAUGCUGUGUUCUACAAGGCGUUUCUGGGGGCAAUCUUGAUGAAGAAACCGGUGCUCAUGAAGAAGUAUCGGACAAUGCGGAUUGGCGGAGCGGCGGAUCCAGUGUACAAUGAGUACAUAACCGCGGUGGGAGAUGAUAUGAAGGGUUUGGCAGACGAGUUUAAGGCGUUGGGUCUGGCUACCAACAGCGUGCAGGUCCACACGGCGGUGGCCAUUCCGCGCACAAGAGGCGGAGAGCUGGUGGCCAAAGGGACAUUUGUGAAGGCGUCGCCCCGAGAGAGGUGGUAUUCGGACGUUGCACUGCUCAAUGACAAGGGUGGGGACUGGUAUGCAAAUUGUCUGUGCAUUUUUAGGGCGGUUGACCGUGAAGGGGAUUGGAAGGGGUACGCAUAUGUGAGGUACUAUGAGAAGGCUGGGAGCUGCAACCUCACGGGAUGUACGCAGCUGCACAAGACAGUGGAGGAUGUGAGGUUCUCGGUGGUGGAGCUGAAAAGCCCGCAGAGAGUGGUGCACGUGUGCCCUUCGUACAGCAACAAAAAGGCCCUGCUUGCUACCGCACAUCCGGAUGACGUGUUCUGCUUCCACGAGAUUAAUUUUCUUCCCAGCCGGCUGCCGAAGUCCUACAUUCCGGAUAAGCGCAAUGUGGUGGAGCGUAUCGUCAGCGUCGGCAUCCUCUACAACGCGACUGGGAGUUGUUCCGCAGUGCCUCUUGUGGUGCUAGAGCCAUCCAAUAGGCCCCUGCGCCGGCGGGCGAGCGCCGCAUCGCGCAAGGUGGCCGUUAGGUAUACGAACCGUGGGAGGUUGACGCCGGAGGUGUUCACGGAGUUUGUGGAGACCGUCAACGGUGUGCACUUCAGCACCAUCAUCCUCACCAUUCACAAUGCGCAUCGCAUCACAGGCGAGGUGUCGCCGGCCGUCUCGGAGCACGGCUUCAGUGUGCAGCACCUCACGAACACCAGAGUCGUCAACAUUCAUGGAUCGAUUCCGGAGACGGGCCUGCCGCACCUGCAGGGAGUGGGUGACGCGCUGAAGGCGUAUUACCGCGUUAUGCUGAUGAGGCGUGCGAUAGGGUCCAAGCGGUUCCAGUUCGACUAUUCGGCUUCCAUCGCUGAUGUCGACUAUAACGACAUACUCGAAUGGCUGGGAGAAGCGUGGACUCGUGUUCGCGCGGCUACCAUGCAGCGGAGCUGGUGGCGCGCAGGAUGCGUGCCGGCGAGCUGGCCGCCCCUGAUGGCGUACCUGGGUGACACGUGCGCAACCGGCAUGUUCGAGCCUAUUAUUUCGGUAUGCGUCGAUUUGCAGUUGCUCAUCGAGAAGUUCAAGGUAAGGCAUGCGUGCUACAUGACGGCCUCGGAUUUUAUCAACUGCAACGCGGGAAUAUGCGUGGAACAGGGGUUCAGAGCCACACCUGAUGCCAGCGCGUCCGAUGACUCGUCGGGCGACAUGAGCCUGCCAGACGGCCCAUUGCUGCGGGACGAGCGCAGCAGGAGGCGCGUGAUACGCAACGUCACAAACGCGUACGUGGAGCGUGCCGAUGAGCUCGGCAUCCCCCCGGCGGCUGUGCCAGCAGAGGUCGGAGCAUCGAACCAGGAGGUGAUUUCCCGCCUAUGCAGGACGCCUGUCAAGAGGGCUCGCGCAGGGGGGCGAGCUGAGAAUGGGACAGCCGAAGAAGUGCUGCAGAGUGAUGAAGUGCUGGAGAGUGAUGACGACCAGUGA